AUGGCGGCUGUGGCGCAGAGUCAUGUUCAAGAUGACGUACAUCCACUUCUGAGGCAUCCACGGCCGAUUAAGAGGGAUUCUGCAAAGGCGCAACGCAUGCUUGGCUUGAUCGCAGAUUCUGAGGAAGCUCUAAGAAAUUUGCAACGCGAAAAAUCGGUAACAACACGAUGGUUGGAACGACCGAUGUACGAGCAUUUGGAGAUUUCCGAUGUCGAAGAAGAAAAAGACGUGUCUCGAGAGGUGACACAAGAGCAGAAAAUGGAGGCCAUCGUCGAAAAGGUAGUGAUUGAAGACAAACCCAUCGAAGAGAAGCCAAAGGAGGACAGCGACUCUGACCUGCUGGACAAAUGGACGAACCCGAACCGCCCGGCUUCCUCUUUCAAUCCUGAGGAGACGUUGAGCAAGCUCCCGGAGACAGAACCAAGCACGAAAGUCAAUACAUCCCCGAUUAAGCGACGACCGCUACCGCUCAUACGACCGACAUCAUACAACGCGCAACACCUGCUAUCGCCAGAAUGGAUUGCUUCGCCAGCCACCAUGAGCCCUAAUACACCAGGUCAGGGGCCUGCAUCAUCGUAUCUUGACAGUUCAGACAAGCCUAGGAGCAGCAUUUCUUCCCGAGGCAGUUGUGAAUGUGAGAGGCCACAAGUAAACUCUACGCAGUGGACAUAUCCGCCGAUGAACGAUGCAAACAGUCCACAAACGCAACGACCCAUCUCAUAUCACCCCCAAAGCUCCACCGCACUCGACAGCCCGCCAAUGCAGCCGCGACCACGACCUACAUCCUUCGCGACCUACCACCAACGGAAUCGCUCCGGAACCAAGAUUGCGUCCUCGCGAGGACUACGGAACAACAGCUACCCACAGAACAAAUCGCGGCCCGUGUCAGGGUGUGCACCUAAAGCUAUCGCAGGGGAGAAUAUUGAGAAUGACAUGGUUUAUCAGCAGUACGGGGACGAUGAAGUCGGUCCACCCACGCCUGUAACAUCCUCAAAACUUGCGUUUUCACCCCCACCAGUCUUCUCUGCUACGCCAGCAACACCAAUACACUCCACGUUGGAUGUUUUCGCGACAUCGGAAGAGAAGAACAAACCAGAGAAGAAGAUCAAGCACAGAUGGUCAACCAUACCGCAAGCGUUGAAGAACUUUGGCGCUAGGAGAAGAGACUCUUCAGCUCAACAUGAGCAGCAAAAGUUUGCAACGGUUGUCGAAGAUCUGCGGAGAAUGAACUUAACGCAGGAAAACCUGCAGGUCUACGAAGCCGAAGCCAACCAGGACCCAGCAGCAUCCAAACGUCUCUCGGCGGUCGACCUCAUCCCGACACCAACCUACUCGCCCUUUGACAUGAGCGUCAAGUCAGCCCAACUCGAAGCACCCCUUCCAGCACCCUUCGCGCCCUGGACCGACGCCCCACCAAGUCCCGCCGCCUCCGCAGAGCGACGCCGCAGCAGCGGAAACUCGCUAUCACCAACUACACUACCCUCACAGCUAUCCAACGAAAACUUGCGGCAAGACGACCCGUUUCGAUGCAAUCCCAAGGACGUCCUGUUUCGUGGCAAUCCCAAGGACGCCCCGUGUCGAUGCAAUCCCAACGUAGCAGCAUAG